AUGAAUGCGGGCCCCGGCUGUGAACCCUGCACCAAGCGACCCCGCUGGGGCGCCGCUACAACUUCGCCGGCUGCUUCGGACGCCCGGAGCUUUCCCAGCAGGCAGAGGCGCGUCCUCGACCCCAAGGACGCUCACGUGCAGUUCAGGGUCCCACCGUCCUCGCCAGCCUGCGUCCCAGGGCAGGCGGGACAGCACAGAGGCAGCGCCACCUCGCUUGUUUUCAAACAAAAAACUAUUACCAGUUGGAUGGACACUAAAGGAAUCAAGACAGCGGAAUCAGACAGUUUGGAUAGUAAAGAAAACAACAAUACAAGAAUAGAAUCCAUGAUGAGUUCUGUACAAAAAGAUAACUUUUACCAACAUAAUGUAGAAAAAUUAGAAAAUGUUUCUCAGCUAAGUCUUGAUAAGUCACCCACUGAAAAAAGUACACAGUAUUUGAACCAGCAUCAGACUGCAGCGAUGUGUAAGUGGCAAAAUGAAGGGAAACACACGGAGCAGCUUUUGGAAAGUGAACCUCAAACAGUAACCCUGGUACCAGAGCAGUUUAGUAAUGCUAACAUUGAUCGGUCACCUCAAAAUGAUGAUCACAGUGACACAGAUAGUGAAGAGAAUAGAGACAAUCGACAGUUUCUCACAACUGUAAAGCUUGCAAAUGCAAAGCAGACUACGGAAGAUGAACAGGCCAGAGAAGCCAAAAGCCACCAGAAGUGCAGCAAGUCUUGCCAUCCUGGGGAAGACUGUGCCAGUUGUCAGCAAGAUGAGAUAGACGUGGUGCCAGAGAGUCCAUUGUCAGAUGUUGGCUUUGAGGAUGUUGGUACUGGGCCAAAAAAUGACAACAAAUUGAUUAGACAAGAAAGUUGCCUAGGAAAUUCUCCUCCAUUUGAGAAGGAAAGUGAACCCGAGUCACCGAUGGAUGUGGAUAAUUCUAAAAAUAGUUGUCAAGACUCAGAAGCAGAUGAGGAGACAAGUCCAGGUUUUGAUGAACAAGAAGAUGGUAGUUCCUCCCAAACAGCAAAUAAACCUUCAAGGUUCCAAGCAAGAGACGCUGACAUUGAAUUUAGGAAACGGUACUCUACUAAGGGCGGUGAAGUUAGAUUACAUUUCCAAUUUGAAGGAGGAGAGAGUCGCACUGGAAUGAAUGAUUUAAAUGCUAAACUACCUGGAAAUAUUUCUAGCCUGAAUGUAGAAUGCAGAAAUUCUAAGCAACAUGGAAAAAAGGAUUCUAAAAUCACAGAUCAUUUCAUGAGACUGCCCAAAGCAGAGGACAGAAGAAAAGAACAAUGGGAAACCAAACAUCAAAGAACAGAAAGGAAGAUCCCUAAAUACAUUCCACCUCACCUUUCUCCAGAUAAGAAGUGGCUUGGAACUCCCAUUGAGGAGAUGAGAAGGAUGCCUCGGUGUGGGAUCCGGCUGCCUCUCUUGAGACCAUCUGCCAAUCACACAGUAACUAUUCGGGUAGAUCUUUUGUGAGCAGGAGAAGUUCCUAAACCUUUUCCAACACAUUAUAAAGAUUUGUGGGAUAACAAGCAUGUUAAAAUGCCUUGUUCAGAACAAAAUUUGUACCCAGUGGAAGAUGAGAAUGGUGAGCGAACUGCGGGGAGCCGGUGGGAGCUCAUUCAGAUUGCACUUGUCAACAAAUUUACACGACCCCAAAACUUGAAGGAUGCUAUUCUGAAAUACAAUGUGGCAUAUUCUAAGAAAUGGGACUUUACAGCUUUGAUCGAUUUCUGGGAUAAGGUACUUGAAGAAGCAGAAGCUCAACAUUUAUAUCAGUCCAUCUUGCCUGAUAUGGUGAAAAUUGCACUCUGUCUGCCAAAUAUUUGCACCCAGUCAAUACCACUCCUGAAACAGAAGAUGAAUCAUUCCAUCACAAUGUCGCAGGAACAGAUUGCCAGUCUUUUAGCUAAUGCUUUCUUCUGCACAUUUCCACGAUGAAAUGCUCAGAUGAAAUCAGAGUAUUCUAGUUACCCAGACAUUAACUUCAAUCGAUUGUUUGAGGGACAUUCAUCAAGGAAACCGGAGAAACUUAAAACGCUCUUCUGCUACUUUAGAAGAGUCACAGAGAAAAAACCUACUGGGUUGGUGACAUUUACAAGACAGAGUCUUGAAGAUUUUCCAGAAUGGGAAAGAUGUGAAAAACCCUUGACACGAUUGCAUGUCACUUACGAAGGUACCGUAGAAGAAAAUGGCCGAGGCAUGCUACAGGUGGAUUUUGCAAAUCGUUUUGUUGGAGGUGGUGUAACCAGUGCAGGACUUGUGCAAGAAGAAAUCCGCUUUUUAAUCAAUCCUGAGUUGAUUAUUUCACGGCUCUUCACUGAGGUGCUGGAUCACAAUGAAUGUCUGAUUAUCACAGGUACUGAGCAGUACAGUGAAUACACAGGCUAUGCUGAGACAUAUCGUUGGUCCUGGAGCCACGAAGAUGGGAGUGAAAGGUGAGUCUGUUUCUGUCUUCAGUAUUCCAUGGCUAAAAGCAAAGGAAUUUGGGCUUGACCCUCACACACUCUCAUUCUGUCUACUUGUAUUUCAGCAAGUGAACUUAGAAAAAAUAAAAGAAAUCAGCAUUACAGGUUCAUUGGCAUUGAAAACACUAUUACCAUCUUCUUGUACCAAAGGGAAGAACAGAGAAGAUAAAACCAAAAGUCUAAAGCAAAGACAAAGAGGGGCAGAAUUCUCUACAGUUCUUUACCUCAGGCUGGAGUGCAGUGGCGCGAUCUCGGCUCACUGCAAGCUCCGCCUCCGGGGUUCACGCCAUUCUCCUGCCUCAGCCUCCCGAGUAGCUGGGACUACAGGCGCCCGCCACCACACCUGGCUAAUUUUUUGUAUUUUUUAGUACAGCUGGGGUUUCACCAUGUUAGCCAGGGUGGUCUCGAUCUGCUGACCUUGUGAUCCGCCUGCCUCGGCCUCCCAGAGUGCUGAGAUUACAAGCGUGGGCCACUGCGCCCAGCAUUUCCCUGGUCUAUCCUGUCGACACAUGUUCCAACAGAUGAGGUCAUGAGGUUUACCCUAAGCUACAUGACCUGCUCAGCUUAAUAGUUCUCUAAUAGUCAUCAUUGAAAUUGCGUGUAAACUGGGUUGUCACAAAGAGGUAUUUUAUGCAGCAAUCAAAAUUUGGUAAUACAUCAUUUACUUAGUUUUGAGCAUUCUUGGACUUAAAAUCUUUAUUUUUUAUUUUUUUACUCCAGGCUACACUUUCUGCCCUAAAUACAAUGAGUCUGGCGCACCUUUGCAUAACAGUGGCUCAUAGGAGUCACAUUUCUCUAGGUUUUUGUAAUAGAUUCUGAAGGGAAAUAGAUGAAAAAAGCAUGCCAGUGAAUUUAAUAUACUGACAGGCUCAUGUCUUCUCUUACUAUUUACUGUGUUCUUGUACUUUGAAUUAGCAAAUCUUACAAUUUCUGUAUCUGAUAUGGCAAGCUCAUUCAGGGAACCAAUUUUUGAUCAGUUUGUGCCUGGAAUAAAGCUAGACAUGAGAGAUAACAAAGUUUAAGAUGCUUAGAGACCACUGAAAAAAAUAUGUAUUUAUUUUUCUUUGCCUUACUUUCUACUCCAGUUUGCUUUCAUCAUUACAUGUUGAGCCCAGGACAAGAAAACCUUGGUAAAAGUUCUUUUUCUUCUUCAGGAUGAUAAAAAAAUCUCUUUUUACUUUUAAAAGUUAGAUCUAAUACAUUAUAUUUGCAUGUUAAUAGGCUGUCAUAAGUUUCCCUAGGAAAUUUGCAGAUUUCUCAUGAAACUUAGAAAAAGGCUAAAUAUUCUGUACUAAUAAUUUUUUCGUGUUCUAUUUGUUAAUCUAUUCAUGUAUUUACUUUUUAUGGAUAUGCAAGAGUUGUACAUAUUUAUAUAGUACAACUCAUGUAUCUAUAACAAGUAAAUGUGAUAUUUUGAUACAUGCAUACCAUGUGUAAAAAUCAAAUCACCAUAUUUAGGUUAUCCAUCACCACAAAGGUUUAUUAUUUAUUUGUUUUGGGAACAUUUCAAAUAUUCUCUUUCAGCUAUUUUGACACAUACAAUAAAUUAGUAACUAGUCACCUUACAGUGCUAUUGAACUCUCAAACUUAUUUCUUCUACCUAAUUGUAUGUUUGGUCCCAUUAACCAAAUAAACUCCGCACAGUUCCAUGAUUACUCUCCAGAGCUAUUUUCUCCAGUUAGCAGUAUAAGUACAUGCAGUUGAGAAAGGGUAUUUUCACGGUGGUAUUAGAUUCUACCCUUAUUGAAAUUUGAAACUUCCUAACAUCUGUAUUCUUAGUGUCUCAUGGAAUCUGAGCUACAAAUUGUGAAAUGUAUUCUGGCUUUGUACACGUAUAUGACAUCUCACUGUUUACCACCUGUUGAGGUGCACCAAUAUUGUAAAGGUUUGCUGGCAAAGCCCUGUGUUUCUUUUUCUCUGGUAUUACCCUUUGUGUUUAUCUGUAGUAACCACCUGACACUCUUCUGCUUUCACAAAAAAACACGGUGGGUCCAUCCUCAAAAUGAGCCUCCCUAUUACCCAGAAGACAGAUGAAAUAGUGUCCUCUCACAGAUGGUCUGUGAUGUAUACCUUAGCUGAAUAUCUAAUCAUGAAAAGUAGUCGGGGAUUAACUACAAUUUGCCAGAAUCAACUUAACUUGUGCCACAAACUUAUGCUUUAAAAGCAAAAAAGUAUAAAAAGAUCAUUUCAAGAUGACAAAAACUUUGGCAACUAUACUUUACAUAAAAUAUGUGUUUCACAAUUGUAUUUCACUUUAUUGCCUCAUGUCUAAACAGUUCAAAUGUGUGAAUGCAAUUAGGUAAUAUUUCUUUCAUUAUAAAAACAGUGUUUUUAUGAUUGCACUUUAAAAAAGGCUAGUUAAAAUGUUUAAGCAUUUCAUAAAUGUUCAAUUUAAAAUAAACAUUUUAAUCCUUUAGAAUGAUGAGGUUACAAUGCUUAAGCAUUUCAUAAGUGUUUACUCUAAAAGGAAUGUUUUAACCAUUUAAGAUGGUUUAACAAAAAUAUUUUGGGGUUUUAAAAUACUUUUUCAAACAAGGCAAACAAAGUUAUAGCUAAAAUCUCAAUAGUAUGGUGUUUGAUUUGAGAGAUUGAAGGUAUUUGUUUCAUUUGGUUUUACUGAAUGAUUCAUCAGCUAUGCCGUAAAACUUAGAAAUAUCAACUCUUGGGCUCAUAAGAACACUUUAUUAUCUUCAUUGUCACUAGUUAUUACUUGAGAUAUUGCAAUCUAACUUUUUCUUCAAAAGACUGUGUUUUUCUAAACAUAUUCAACCCAACCUAGACCAAAUUCAUGCAUUAUUUUUGUAAAGUACAACGUGUUCUGCUAAUAUCUCCAGCAAAUUUUUUCUUGAAGUUAGUUUAUAUGUAAAUACUUUUACAACAUGAAUUUCACCCUAAUUGACUUCUUAUAAGGCAAGAAAAUGCAUAAAUUUUUCUUAACUUUUACUAGCAUCUAUUCCCCAGAAUACUCCAAUCACUUAUGAAUAAUAUUUCAGUUCUGUAUUAAAAAUUUCUCUGUAAAGCUUGCUCUUUGAUUAUAGACAUAGGUUGGUUUGACUGACCAGAAUGCUUCCUUCAUUAUUUUGAUAAAAUAAUGGUAGUUUUCCUUGGAGAAUUACCCCUUACUUCUUUUGUUUUGUUUUGUUUUGUUUUGUUUUGUUUUGUUUUGGAGACAGAGUCUCACUAUGUCACUCAGGCUGGAGUGCAGUGGCACGAUCUCGGCUCACUGCAAUCCCCACCUCCCAGGUUCAAGCUAUUCUCCUGUCUCAGCCUCCUGAGUAGCUUGGAUUACAGAUGUGUGCCAGCACACUUGGCUAAUUUUUGUAUUUGGGGUAGAGAUGGAGUUUCACCCAUGUUGGCCAGGCGGGUCUCAAAAUCCUGAUCUCAAGUGAUCCACCUGUCUCGGCCCCUGAAAGUGCUGGAAUUACAGGCAUAAGCCACUGUGCCCAGCCACUUCCCUGUUGUUAAUCCAUUGGUUUCAAAACCUGACAGCCUAGCUUCAGAGUUGAGCAUAUUACCUAGGUCAUUCUGUUUCUUGACAACUAUGACUAAUUAAUAUGUCAUAAACAUGACCCAAACUACACAAAAUUAGUUAUCAGUUUUAAAAUUUUGACUGGAAAUGCCUGAAAUAAAUUAUUUUUGGGGGGCAAGGUUCAGGCAGAAAGGCAAGGACUGUAGAAUUUUAGAGCUUGUUGUGGUCAUAUUGAUCAACAUUAGAUGUGAGAUUUUGUUAUUCAGAAUGCUUUGAUGUAUCAAAACCUCAAAAUGCUGCAAAUGAGAAAUCAAAACAUUCAUGGAUUGAAUAUAUACCUUGAUUUUGUGGCUCCAGUUUACUAAAAAAGCAGUCAGGCCAGUCCAGGAAAUAUGUCAUUUCUCACUGUUCCCGGCACAUCAAGUUUUUCCUCACAUUAAGGUAAUGUAUCAGCAUGUGCUUAUUUUGUUUUUGAAUAUAAUGGUGCAUGGCUGUUUGGGCUAUCAGAAUUUUUUAAGCCAUUAAUUUUAUCUCAGGUCUUUUUUGCAUUCCACACCUUCCUGCAUACUAACUAGGUUUGUAAAUUUCUCUUAAAAUCACAUUUCCUUACGAGUCCAAAUCAAUUCAUUCUUCCUUAUCACAUAUAUUCCUCUUCUAUUACCUCAGAAAUAAGUUAAUAAAAUGCUUUACUGUUAUCAUUUAUUUCUGAUUGUAAAGUAAUGAUACAAUAGAUUUAGAUCCUCAUUUUAGCCAUCAUUUAAUCAUGAUCAUGUAGCACUGAACUUAAAAGUUGGAAAAAAAGCAACCUAAAUUUCAUCUGAGCUCCAAUCCCAUGUAAUUUAUAAAAUUUUGGAAGAACACAGGUAGGUACUCAGAGUAAUCAACUUAGCUUUGGGAGAAGAAUUUAAUGUUUUAUUAUCUGCCACAACCAUAGCCUGGUGAAUUGAUUUAAAUCAUUGAGCUAUAACUGCUUUUUGAAGAUUUUUUUAUUUUUCCCCUUCUUGUGAAGUAGUAAUUAACAAAAUGUAAAAAUCCAAAUUCAAUAUAUAAUUUCAUGUUAUAAAAUAAAGGUUACCCAUGAAAUAUAGUUAAUGGUCAAAUAAAUUCUUUGUUAAGAUUGGGGACCUUUGCAAUUUGUGAGAAACAGUCACACCCACACACAAAGUCUGUAAACAAAGAUAAAAUGUUUUUGCUGAAUAAUGUAAUUGUCAUUUCCUGCUCCCUUAUUGAAAGAAAGGUGUCUGUUUACCUGGAUUGUUGCUUAAAUCUGCCACAAAUUUGCUACUCAAAACCUUAUUUAUUAUAUUAUAGCAAAUAGGGUAAUAAUUACUGUCAGAGAAGGGGACAUACUUUUUGUAACUCUACAUUUUUCUUAAAAUACAAAUUCUGUUAUACAAAUUUUGCUUUUGAAUCUUUCAAUUAUGUUUUCACUACGUCCCAUACAUCCUCUAAAUUUUGUCUUUUUCAACUUCAGUAUACAGAUUUCAGCAAUACUGUAAUUUUUUACUGAGUACUUAACAUAUAUGAGAAAAAGAUACUUUACAAUUUCCACAUGCUGUAAUGAAAUAUGUUGAGCUUAGUUUAUGUUAACUGCAUCUAGUUCUUGCUUGAUUUCUUUUUUCCUCUAAAGUUAUAUUUUAUCUUGCAAGUUGUGUAUGUAUGUGUAUUAGUUAUGUGUUUGUUUAACAAAUUAUCCAAAAUCUUAGUGGAUAAAGCAGCAAACAUUUAUUAUCUCACAGUUUCCAUGAGUCAGAAAUUCAGAUAAUGCUUAGCUGCAUUCUCUUUGCCUGAAUAUCUCACAAGGCUAAAAUCAAGGUGUCAAUUGGGCUAUCGUUAUUCCAAGGUUCAAUCAGUGAUGAGUCCACUUUUAUAGUGACUCAAGUAGCUGUUGGUGGGACUCACUUCCUCCAUGGUUAUUCUUAAUUGGUGGUUGGCAAGAGGCCUACUUCACUGUUUUACCACAUGGAUGUUACCCAUAAAGCAUCUCACAACAUGGAAGCAGCUUCAACAGGGCUAAUAAAUAAGAAGGCAAAAAAGAAUGUGCCCCCGUCUCUACUAAAAAUACAAAAAAUUAGCCGGGCGUGGUACUGGGCGCCUGUAGUCCCAGCUACUCGGGAGGCUGAGGCAGGAGAAUGGCGUGAACCCGGGAGGUGGAGCUUGCAGUGAGCCGAGAUCGCGCCACUGCACUCCAGCCUGGGCGACAAAGCAAGACUCCGUCUCAAAAAAAAAAAAAAAAAAAAAAAAGAAUGUGCAAGAAAAAAGUCAAAGGCUUUUGUCAUCUAGACUUGGAAGUGAUUAAGCUCAAGUGUGAUUAAUCUCAAGCCAACUAUCAAGCUGAAAGGACAGGAUAUGAAUAUUAAGAAAAGGGGAUCACUGAAAGCCAUUUAGGAAACUGCCUACGAAUUAUGUGGAUAUGGAUGUU